UCUCGCAGAGCCGCCGCGGUCACUUGAAGGAACGGGCUCGGCGACGCACCACGAGCCGAACGUUGGUCCACUUUCGUCCGCAAUACGCAAUGCGUUUCCGGGAUACAUAGGAAGAUUGUGCUCGUGUGUAGCAGUAUACGGGUUCUUUGGCCUCGUCACAAAGCAAGUUCAACAGCCUGCCGGUGCGCGUUUCUGUGCAGUCACCAUAUUCGAGCUGUUACCAUGGGCCUCUUCACUGGCGCUGUGUAUUUCUUCGCCGUCGCGAUGGUAGCGUCCUCCAGACCCGCGAACAAGACCUGCAACGAGACCCUCGAGCAGCAGGUGCACGAAGCCGGCUGCCGGCUGGUUGGCCGGCUGCCAGACCGGUGGCUGCUUCGUUUCGACUCGGUCGGGGGCAGUAACGAGUCUGUGCCGGUUCUGGCACUCGUGUUCGGCCUGGCUGACCCCACAACCCACAUCGAAAGCAGCAAGUGCUCGUCCGAGAUGACCGCCGCACUGGCGAUGCAGGGCAUGGCCAAGGUGGCGCUGCCCGAGUCCACGGCGCGCGUCUUCUUCGCAGCCAAGGCCAAGGUCACCGCAGAACUAUCAUGGCCUGGACCUCUAGUGGACGAGCUCUCAGUGGGUGCCUGGGAGCUUAUGGACAGCUCACACGACGAGGUGGAGACAACGAAGGAUGCUGAAUUCCUGCUGCGGGUGACUCGCGAGGCGGCGGUUACAGCGAUCCGCCGGCAGCUGCCUCGACUUCUGCUGAAGGUGUUGAAACCCCGGUCGCCAACGAUAAUGCAGUAGCACCGCCACAUCGCGUGCGGAGCGCCGCCUAAAUGAUGCAGCAGAAAUGACUAGAUCUCAUUCACUGCGCGAAUUUCGCAUGAGUGACGUUGCGCAGCGCGAAGUGAGAUUGGCCUAACUUCUGUGUUCCUUUAAAGGAACCUGAUUGCUUUAGGAGCUGUUGUGGCAUAACAAACAACAUGUGCUCCUGCUGAUAAUAGUAAGUCUACUGUUUGGAGCAAGAGUUUGGUAAAGUACUGUUUUAGAUGCACCGCGCUGUAGUGACUGUGAACUGGCUUUAAUGAAUAUACAAUGCAAAGCAUUGACGCCAGUACGUAGCAAACGGGUCCUUAGCAAUGUUUAGCUGUUUUCUUGGCAUCGGUGUCGUGAAGUGACUGUUUUAUUCCAUAGAUUCUGCAUGAUGCAACCAAAAAUACUAGAGUUUGACUUGACUAAAUGUAACUAUUUUUUAAAAAUAAUGUAAGGCACAAGGAAUGAAACCGCGUACAAUGACUCAAAAUACGACAUUUGAACUUGAGUUCAUGUGAAAACCCGGAUAUUGUGGAAGUCCAGUCGAAAAUGCGAGUAAGAAACAUCAACAGAUGCAAUGUUGGUCUUCAACUCCUCCGCGACAUAUGGUUGGCGUUGCCUUCAACGGAACGUACCUGGUGUAUUCGAAAAAAAAAUGCAAACACCUGACAGACUAAAGUGGGAACAGUCUUAGUCCUGUGUUUUCGAUGUUUGCCGAGUCAUGUCGCCUUGACAACAGGUCGGGCUAACAACCAUUUUGCGUAAUAUAGGUGGAAUCACGUGAUUAAAAGUUGCCGCGUUCACCCAAAUGGCAGCUUGCGAGAAACUAAUCUCUGUUGUAAUAAUGCCCUGCCACUGCGUUCUCUUUCACUUGUUCUUUUAAUUGUGAAUAAUUUGUUUGCUGAGGGGUUUGUACAAUUUUUACAAGGCGAAUGUUUCUUCAAACGAAUCCGACAAGGUGGCUUACUGUUUUGCGCUAUUAUUUCUGGUGUAUUUUGUCAAUUAUUGGGUGUUUCACGAAUACUAAAAAAACGCUACGAUAUACUCUGUUAUUAGAGGCGAUAUAUAUUCCUGCACUACCACUUUACAAAUGUUUUGUACGAAAAAUAUUUUUUUCUUCAUUUUAACAGCCAUUGCAGGUGCGGAACGUGACAUGAAAUGAACACCACGAGCACAUUUUCGAUAGCUUUACCGUGUAUUCCGCCAUCAAUGUAAUUUAACUUACGAAGGCACGGAACCAUUAUUAUACGUCGGUAAAUGUAUAUCUUUAUCGUAUUAUCGUUCUUAUGGAGACUCUCAGCUGUGCUUGUCAGUUUACAUGAACCUAUCGCGAAUUGCAGCCAUCAAACCACGGUAAAUUUGUGGAUGGGCGCUUCUAGCCAUUGAACACGAUUUGCGUACGAUCCAGUGUCUGUAAGAUAUGUCACCGACUCAAACAAAGCAGAUGCAUUUUAUCAGUGUUGUCGUGCGCUUUACUGCUCAGCACCCUCUAUAAAACAAGCCCGAAAUGAUCGUAUUAUUUAUAACCCUCUCAUCCUUGUUUUUUCACGAAAAGGACACUGAGAACCUUUGAGUAUCAGACAGCACACGUCACAAGCUGAACGUUCAUUGUCAUUGAAACUAAUGCUCACAACAACGAAUCGAAACAGUUACUAGCCAGUUUAGUUUGUAUCAAGCGCUCCUUGUGACCCUUACUAGAGUAACAAUGAAUGCACAAGUAUCGCUCAUUGCGAUUGAGAUCGUCUGCCUUCAGUGCAAUGACCAGGGGCUGUAUAACGUAAAAUGAUUCCAAACUGUUUUGAUUCCAAACUCCUGACGUCAAAUUUACGCAAGCACCGACGCAAGCAUCGGGCGGUGACCCGCAACGUUGUCUGAAUAGCCCAAUCAAACACUCUCAUCGUUUGUAGGAGGUCACCUUUGUUCGCUUUCAAAACCAAUAACAUUGUCUACACUCGGCGGUUAUUUGUAUCUAAUUGGCUGACAAGAGGCGAGCACGCUCUAGUGGAGAGGGUUUCGAUGGGGCGGAGCCAGCACGGUGAAAAUAGAUAACCGCAUGAAGAGGGUGGUGCCGGCUUCUCCAAUGGGUCCGCUUCGCCAUACUUAGCUUGCGGUGGGUGGUCGAAAAUGGCGGCGGCGUGCAACGGAAGAAUAAGAAUGCCGCUAAAAUGGAUCCUCAGCAAGGAAGAGUUGGUAUAGCGAUGUCGUAUGUAUGCCGAAAGGGCUCGAUAACGUUUUACUGCCACGCAAAAAGGUUUAUCAUGCGCAAAUAAAUAGAUGCUCACCGGUAGUGCGAGUAGCGAGGGCCUGAGCGAUCGGCGGGCAGCCAUCUUCUAUUCCUUUCGGAACGGUGCAGUCUAUGGCUAUUCAGAAAAAUUGUCAGUUUUGUUCGGCAUAUUAAUGCAAUUUUUCCGCGUACACGUCACUUUGACAUGGUGAGUUUUCGUGGUUUUGUGAGGUCACGUGACAGACAGGCGAAGUGGGCGUAGCCAGAAAACAUUGGACCAAUAGCAGAGGUCCAAUGGUGAAAAGGGGUCGAAUCAGGAAUGAUUAUUUUUCUUUUGUGCGGUUUAAUCAUGCAUAAUCAGUGUGUACACGUUAUGUGAGAUGGGGAGCUAUAGCGGUUUUCGUGACGUCGCGUGACAGGCAGGCGAAGUUGGGAGUGGCCCGAAAAUGUUUUCACCAAUCGUGGAGGCUGAUUGCAGAAAUUGCAAUCAAAACAGUCUGGAAUCAUUUACGUUACAGCGCCCCAGAUUCAUUAAAGUCAACGAAUCCAGCAGUUACGGCUUUGGGCACUUCAAGGUGCCGAUUUAGCGUGUGAGCGCAGUCACGCCCGAUGCACAUUUCGCUUUUACGCAGCUCAUUAUAGGUACCUGUUCAGUCAGACAAGCAAUGGCUGUGCAAAAUCUCACGAAUGUCUCAAAAACUGAUUCCGCGUGUACGGAAAUCUUGAAAACAUGGUGCAAUCUCUUUGUCGUAGCUACCGCGCCCUGUUAUGGCGCUUCAUGUCGUCUGUAAAUCAACCACAUUUCUAGAAGAAGUUUGAAAUAAAACUACCUCCACAUGUGAUAAAAUCGAAA